UUGCGGCCGCGGACGUGAGCACUUGUGUGUGUACGUGUGUGUGUGUGUGUGUCUGUGUGUGAAGAGGAGAGGGAUGUGUUGAGCCGGCCCGGUGACGUCAUAACUUGUUGACGUGUGAUCAGCUGGGUCAAGCGGUGUUGUGACAGACCUUACCGCGGGGCUAACAAUACUAAUAUAACAAAAACAGUUGUGAUAUUUUAGAUAAUUUUUUUAGUGAGAAAUUAAACAAUUGUAUUUUUAUAUUCUUAGUAACUUGACAACACUAAAUAUAAAAACUAAGUAAAGAAUAAUUUGUUGGUGUGCUAAAAUGGGUGGAACUUAAUACACUAUAAACGUUAAAUAAAAAGUGUAUUUACUGAAUAAGCAAUUAGAGGUAAAAUAUUUCGUGGUAAUUACAAGUAAAGUGGUAGUUAGCAGUGAUUAAACUACCAGACUGUUUUGUAGUGAUUAGUAAAAAUCCACAAGAUUAAUUGAUUGAAACUGUGAUCAAGAUAAGAAAAUCUCAAAACACGAGUAAAGACAAUUUCAAAACACAGGUGAAUUUGAUAAAGACAAUAAACACAAUGAAGAAAUAAUGAAGAAAAUCCGUAUAUUAUAAUCAAGAAACUUCUCAUUUUAUCAAGACAAACUGAGAAUAAUAACUUUAUUACUUGACAUCAAAACACAAGAAAAUCGUAAAGAAAAUAAAUAAUAAAUACUGGAAUGAAGAAAGAAGAAGAACACUAAUAAAAUAGAAAGAUAAUUGAGAGAAAUUGCAAGUUAAGAAAAUCACAAGACGAUGAAAGGAAGAAAAUUAUCAAGAAAAUAAUCCUUAGUUCUCCUUUACCUAUUUCAUAUACCAUUCCAUCUCUUUCCCCUCCCUUUCCUCUUACUUUCUUCUUGUCUCUCUCACAUUACCUGUUACUCUCGGGGCACCUACCACCCACUACCACCUACCCCUCUACCACCACCCCACCACCUACCACCACCCACAAGACAGGGGUUCCAUCGCCAUGUUCCCUGACGUCACCAUGGGCGAUUUUGUGAGUGUGGGCGGUUUCGGUGUGGGCGAGCGAGCGUGGGCGGAGCUGAUGGGCGGCAUGUGUGGCGAGCCGGCGGGAGACUUGAUCCGAACGGGCGCCCCAAACGUGGUGUGUUCGGUUCUUCCUCCUCACUGGCGUUCGAACAAGACUCUGCCUAAUGGAUUCAGAGUGGUGGCAUUAGGGGCGGUACAGGACGGCACACUGGUCACCAUCAGAGCUGGUAACGAUGAGAACUGCUGUGCCGAGAUCCGUAACAACUCUGCCGUCAUGAAGAACCAAGUGGCCAAGUUUAAUGAUCUCCGCUUUGUCGGGAGGUCAGGCAGAGGCAAGAGCUUCCUGCUGACCAUCACCAUCAGCACGUCACCACCUCAGGUCGCCACAUACACUAAAGCCAUCAAGGUGACAGUGGACGGCCCCAGGGAACCCCGGUCCAAGAGCCGUGAGUAUGACCUUUAG